GCGAAGAACGGGUGGAUCUCUUUCACUUUCAGUAACACUGCCCACUCCUUCACCCUCCUCCUGCAUCUUCUUCCUCCUCCAACCCCACAAAAAUGCUUGCCCAAUAUAGCCUCCCCGCUGCACCUCCCCGCAUUAGCCGCCCCUCCCCAGCGCUCCCGCCUCGACCCUUUUUCAUUCCAGCAUGUCUCUGACCAUCAAUCUCCACGUCGCCGCGACGCCUCGCCUCUGUUCUCGCCGCCAAGAAACCGGCGGAGCAAAGCUCAAGAACGUCAGGCUCGGAGCAAUUUACCACGCCAACCCAUUGUCGAGCCUCGCGCGCCGAACCGAGAUGCUGGGUCACGGUCGCAAUGCCGCCAGGGCCUCCAUCAGGAGCUCCCUCAUCGACCCCGACGGCGGGGUCCUGGUCGACCUCGUCGUGCAGGAGAAAGAUCGGGCCUUGAAGGCGAAGGAGGCCGAGGGGUUGCCCCGGGUGGGGCUGACGAGGAUCGAUCUUGAGUGGGUGCACGUGAUCAGCGAAGGGUGGGCGAGCCCUUUGAAGGGUUUCAUGAGGGAGGAGCAGUACCUGCAGAGCUUGCAUUUCAAUUGCCUGAGGAUGGGGGACGGAUCGGUCGUGAACAUGUCGCUUCCGAUCGUCCUGGCCAUCGACGACGGGACCAAGGACGCGAUCGGGUCGUCCCGGAAUGUCGGGCUGGUCGGUCCCGACGGGGAUUUGGUCGCGGUUCUUCGGAGUAUUGAAAUCUACAAACACAACAAAGAAGAAAGAAUAGCGAGGACUUGGGGAACAACUGCUCCCGGAUUGCCGUAUGUUGAGGAGGCGAUAACUCCUGCUGGGAACUGGCUCAUUGGUGGAGAUUUGGAAGUAUUGAAACCAAUUAAAUACAAUGACGGGCUCGAUCACUACAGGCUUUCACCUAAACAAUUGCGACAAGAGUUCGACCAGCGUCAGGCUGAUGCCGUCUUUGCUUUUCAGUUAAGAAACCCCGUGCAUAAUGGGCACGCGUUGUUGAUGAAUGAUACGAGGAGGCGUUUGCUGGAAAUGGGCUUCAAGAAUCCGAUCCUGUUGCUUCAUCCUCUUGGAGGUUAUACAAAAGCUGACGAUGUUCCUUUGAAUGUUCGGAUGGAACAACAUAGCAAGGUCCUUGAAGACGGUGUUCUUGAUCCUGAGACCACUGUUGUGUCCAUAUUUCCAUCUCCGAUGCAUUAUGCUGGUCCAACUGAGGUACAGUGGCAUGCCAAGGCACGGAUAAAUGCCGGUGCAAAUUUCUAUAUAGUUGGUCGAGAUCCGGCUGGUAUGGGGCACCCAACGGAGAAGAGGGAUCUGUAUGACCCUGAUCAUGGGAAAAAGGUGUUAAGCAUGGCCCUGGGCCUUGAGAAACUCAACAUAUUGCCAUUCAGAGUGGCUGCAUACGACAUGGUGGAGAAGAAAAUGGCAUUUUUUGAUCCUUCGCGUGCUAAGGAUUUUCUUUUUAUAUCUGGGACCAAGAUGAGGACUUAUGCAAGAACUGGCGAGAACCCUCCUGAUGGAUUUAUGUGCCCCGGAGGAUGGGAGGUACUGGUCAAGUAUUACGAGAGUUUGCAAACGGAGGAGACUAAACAGCAAGCUACUGUUUUAUCCAUAUAGACCUGUAACUAGACACGGCGGUUUUCAAGCAAGUUGACUUCGCACCAGGGAAAAAAAUGCGAUCGCUGCAGGCAAUUGUCUGAAA